AUGCAGAUGAAGCAGAUUCUCGCUUUGGCCCUGUCCAUUGCCACGGCCGAGGCCGCCUACAAGGGUUUCAACUAUGGCUCUACCAACGAGGAUGGUAGCACCCGCUACAAGUCCGAAUUCGUCUCCCAGUUCAAGAACGCGAAGAACCUGAUUGGCACUUCCGGCUUCAACAGCGCUCGUCUGUACACUAUGAUUCAGGAUGGUACCACCAACACCCCUAUUGAGGCUAUCGAGGCUGCCAUUGAGGAGGAGACUUCCCUGCUCCUGGGUCUCUGGACCUCCGGUGGUAACAUCGACAACGAGAUCGCUGCCCUCAAGUCCGCCAUCAGCACCUACGGUACCUCCUUCACCAAGCUUGUUGUCGGUAUCUCCGUCGGUUCUGAGGAUCUGUACCGUAACUCCGUCACUGGUGCUGAGUCUGAUGCUGGCAUCGGCAUGAACCCCGAUGACCUGGUCAAGUGUAUCCAGUCCGUCAAGACUGCCAUCUCCGGCACUUCCCUGAGCAGCGCUACUAUCGGUCACGUCGACACCUGGGAUGCCUGGACCAACUCCUCCAACUCCGCUGUCAUCAGCGAGAUCGACUGGCUCGGCUUCGACACCUACCCCUACUACCAGACCACUGAUGAGAACGGUAUCGAUAACGCCCAAUCCCUCUUCGAUGAGGCUGUCGCCAAGACCAAGGCUGUCGCUGAUGGCAAGGAAAUCUGGGUCACUGAGACCGGUUGGCCCGUUAGCGGUGACACUGAGAACGAGGGCGUUCCCUCCAUCGCCAACGCUAAGAAGUACUGGGACACUGUCGGCUGCUCUCUCUUCGGCACCACCAACACCUGGUGGUACAUCCAGCAGGACUACGGUGCCAGCCCCUCCUUCGGUAUCGUCGGCGAGACCCUGAGCACCACCCCCCUCUCCAGCAGCUCUGCCUCCGCUUCCACCACUGCCUACACUGGUGCUGCCACCCGCCCCGCUGGCUCCAUCUUCGGUGCCAUCGUCGCUGCCCUCGCUCUUGCGAUCGCUGUCUAA